AUGCGCCGCCGCCAAUGGACGCUCGUAGCCAUCAUCGCCUUCGUAACGGUAUGUGCAUACACAUUAUUCAGACUACCGGCCGAUCAGCGACCGAUACCGACGUCGCCAAUCUCCCAAAAUCCUCCUCCACCAGCGAAAGAGGCCCAGAAGCCACCGCCCGUCGACGAUGGCCCCGGUUACUUGGGUCCUCCUCCCGAUAGACGGCCGAAGCCCGCCUCCGGCACCAGCUCACACCCGAUGUGGCACCUCAUGACGGACGCCGAGAAGGACUUCCAGACGACGCUCAAAAGACAGUCCAAGACGCUGGAACAGGCCGUCGCCGAGUACAGGAGACGCUACGGCAUCCCCCCGCCGCCCAAUUUCGACAAGUGGUUCGAGUUCGCAAAGGCGAACGGCGUUCAGCUCAUCGACGAGUUCGAUAUGAUCCACGAGAUGCUCACGCCCUUCUGGGGUCUGAAGCCCGCUACGAUACGAUCGCGCGCUAGAGAGGCCCUCGGUUUCGACAAUAAGCUUCUGGGUCUGCUCAUCCGCGACAACAAAAUAUCCCACAUCCAGGGCGGCCAGGACUGGCAGCGCGAUGCCACCUCCGGCAUGGUCGACAAGUUCAUCCAGUGGCUGCCCAGCAUGGAUCUCGCCUUCAACAUCCACGAUGAGCCUCGCGUUGUGGUCCCGCACGAGGACCUUGCUCGACUUGUCAAGAGGGCCAAGGACGUCAAUAUGCCCAAGGCCAACUCGUCCCCGAACCCAUCCAAUACCUUCACGAAGCGAGCCGGAGACCUGAGCGAGGGAAACAUUAUCGAGGAGUACAAGCGCACCCGUUUCAACGUCUUCGCCCACCAGCCGACCUGGACGCAUUCUCGCAUGUCAUGCCCGCCUGACAGCCCAUCGCGCGGCCUCGAGGAGGACGAGCUCUCCGACGACCUCAGCAAGUACGGCGUCAGCGAGCUCGGCUUUGUCUAUAAUAUCACGGCCAUGUCCGAUAUCUGUCUCUCCCCUUCUCUCAGUGAGACAUACGGCUUCUUCGACCGCCCAAAUGCCUACAACAUCGUCCACGACCUCUUCCCGAUCUUCUCGCAGUCCAAGAUCUCCUCCUACAACGACAUCCUCUAUCCUUCACCGUGGUACUGGUACAAAAAGGUCGCCUAUGAUGAGUCUAAGGACGUCGCCUGGGAACAGAAGGCCGACCGCCUCUAUUGGCGUGGUUCCACCACGGGUGGCUUCUCCCGCAACGGCGGCUGGCGCCGCCAGCAUCGCCAGCACCUCGUACAGAAGCUCAACGCAGCCGACCAGGCAAAGAUAUACACCAACCGUGGCGACGAGAAGAACCCCAAGUGGGAAGUCAAGUCUGUCCCCCGCGGCGACUACCGCGACAUCGUCGACGUCUACUUCUCCCACGUCGGCCAGUGCGACCCCGGCGACUGCGACGCCCAGAAGGAGUUCUUCAAGAUCCAGGGCCACGCAGAGCAGCAGGACGCCUGGAAGUACAAGUACCUCCUCGACAUGGACGGCAACGCCUUCUCCGGCCGCUUCUACGCCUUCCUCCAGUCCCGCUCCCUCGUCUUCAAGCUCGCCAUCUUCCGCGAGUGGCACUUCGAGUGGCUUCGCCCGUGGGCGCACUACGUGCCGCUGAGCCUCCAGGGAGACGACUGGCUCGAGGCCGUCCGCUUCUUCGGCGAUGGCGCUCUCGGCCGCAACGAGGCGGAGCGCAUGGCCAUCAGCAGCCGCGACUGGGCGAACAAGGUCCUUCGCAAGGAGGAUAUGGAGGUCUGGUUCUUCCGCCUCUUGUUAGAAUACGGCCGCGUUAUCGACGACCAGAGAGACACAAUCGGCUUCUCAGUUGGAGGCGCCGACACGCCGCCGGCUUAG